CUCUAUCUUUUCUGUUAUGAGCGUUGUGAUGUGUGCGUGAUAUGAUCCAAUCUGAUUGAAUAGUGUUAUGGUUUUCGCAUGUGAUGUGAUGUGAAAUGGAAAAGGUGUUAGCAAUUGUUGUUGCAUCUCUGAUCUAACGUAACAUUCUUCCGCUUCAUCUUCCAUCAAAUCCAAAGUGUAGUGUUGUGUAGGGUAAUGGAAAGAGACAAAGACAACAAAUCCCCUCCUCUGCCACCUUCGUCUUCCUCAUCCCAACCUUUCAGCCAUGACAUCGUCGGAAUGCCCGAUAAUCCAAUCAAAAACAGGGGCCAUAGACGCGCCCAUUCCGAGAUUAUCACCCUUCCCGAUGACCUCACCUUCGACACUGAUCUCCCCCUCGAUGACGACUUCCUCGCCCUCGUGGAUCAUUUUAACUCCCCUCCGUUGCCUGAAGAUGACAACAAAAUCAUCGUCAACAACAACGAUUACAGCAGCAACAAUCACGAUAACAACGUUGGUAACGAAAGGCCGAGGGUUAGACACCAGCAUAGCCAUUCCAUGGAUUUGUCCAUCCAGCCGGAGAUGCUGGUCUCCGGUGCCGAUGACGUGUCCGGCGUGGAUACCAAAAGGGCUAUGUCGACUGACAAGCUUGCUGAGCUUGCCUUAAUUGAUCCCAAGCGGGCUAAAAGGAUAUGGGCAAACCGACAGUCUGCUGCAAGAUCAAAAGAAAGGAAGAUGCGUUACAUUUCUGAGCUUGAAAGGAAAGUGCAGACAUUGCAAACAGACGCAACAUCCUUGUCUGCACAAUUAACUCUCUUGCAGAGAGAUACAAACGGACUGAAUGCUGAGAACGGUGAGUUGAAGUUGCGGUUGCAAACCAUGGAGCAACAGGUUCACUUGCAAGAUGCAUUAAAUGAUGCAUUAAAAGAAGAAAUUCAGCAUUUGACAUUAAUGACUGGACAAGCCAUUUCAAAUGGAGGACACUUUGCUUCAUUUGGUGGUGGGCAACAAUUCUAUCCCAAUAAUCACGCCAUGUACACUCUUUUGGCUGCACAAAAGUUUCAACAACUUCAAAUUCAAUCCCAGAAGCAGCAGCAGCAGCAUCAACUUCAGCAGCAGCAACAACAAUUUCAGCAACAACAACAACUUCAGCAUCAACUACAUCAGCAACAACAGCAACAACAAACAACAGCAACAGGUACUGUAACAUCAACAAAUGUGGUGCUUGAAUAAGGAUUCACAACCGAGGAUUAUAGAGACUACAAGUUGCCUUCUCUUCAUCACAUUUUUAUUUAACCUGUCUUGUGUUUUUAGAGUUUGUGUAGGUCACAGUCAUAUUAUAUUUCUUACUCAUGAGAUGGUCCCAGUUAGAGAUUCAGAAUUGUUCACUGUAAAAUUCUUUGGUACCCUUGGUUGGAUCUGCGGGGCGGAUUUAUGUUUAUUGAACCUUCUUUCUAUUGCUUUACCCUA